AUGGCAACGAGCGCAUACAUUUGGUUACCACCCGAUAAACAGGGUGAAUUCGAUGUGGAAAUUGGAGCAAAAGUUAUUGAUGUUAAUCAAACUCAACUUAAAGUUCUUGAUGAUAAUGGAAAAGAACGAACAAUUGCAAAUAAACCGGAAAAUUUUAAAAAGAUGCAUCAAACAUCAUUUUCCGAUAUUCCGGAUAUGAUUCAUCUGGGCGAUUUAACUGAAGGUGCCAUUUGUCGUAAUAUACUUUUACGUUAUAAUAAAGAAAAAAUCUAUACAUAUAUUGGAUCAAUUUUAAUUGCUGUUAAUCCAUAUACACAACUUGAUUUAUAUAAUCAACAAUAUUUACGUUUAUAUCGUAAUAGAAAAUUUGGUGAAUUAGACCCGCAUACAUUCGCUAUUGGUGAUAAUGCUUAUCAAAAUAUGUUACGUGAACGUACUGACCCCAAUGCUAAAUAUAACCAAUGUGUUAUUAUUAGUGGAGAAUCAGGUGCUGGUAAAACUGAAUCAACAAAACAUAUUUUACAAUGUUUAGCUGCUAUAAGUGGAACAAAAAAAAAUUCAAGUAUUGAACAACAAAUACUUGAAGCUAAUCCAAUUAUGGAAGCUUUUGGAAAUGCCAAAACACUUCGAAAUGAUAACAGUAGUCGAUUUGGAAAAUAUAUAACUGUAAAUUUUGAUAGUAAUGGUGCUAUUGCCAAUGCAUAUGUUGAUCAAUAUUUACUUGAAAAAAUUCGUAUUGUUUCACAAGCAAAAGAAGAACGAAAUUAUCAUAUAUUUUAUUGUGUCUUAGCCGGUCUAGGCAAUGAAGAACGAAGUAAAUUAAGAUUAACAAAAGCAACUGAUUAUGCUUAUUUAAAUAAAAGUACACCAAAAUGUGAUACACGUAAUGAUGCAGAAGAAUGGAAAGCAAUUCGACAUGCAUGCAAAGUUCUUAUGUUUACUGAUGAUGAAUUAUUCGAAAUUUUACGUAUCUUAGCUAUUGUUUUACAUCUUGGAAAUAUUCAAUAUACCGCACAAUCAUCAAAAGGUAUCGAUAGUGUAACUAUAAAAGAUCCAAAAUUAAUUGAAUUGAUUGCUUCACUACUUGAAGUUGAUAUUAAAUCAUUGACUAAAGCAUUAGUUAGUAGAACACUCGAAGUUCAAGAAGGCAAAGUAGAACGAGCUUUGAAUGCAUCAUCAGCUGCUGAUGUUCGAGAUGCAUUUGUCAAAGGAUUAUAUGGACAGAUGUUUGAAUGGUUAAUCGCACGAAUUAAUUCAGCAAUGAACAAUAAAAGUAGUGCUAAUCGUACAGCUCAAGCAGAUGAAAAAUUUCGAUCUGUUGGUGUUCUUGAUAUAUUUGGUUUUGAAAAAUUUGAACAAAAUAGUUUUGAACAAUUAUGUAUUAAUUAUACAAAUGAAGAAUUACAACAAUUUUUUGUUCAUCAUGUUUUUAAACUUGAACAAGCUGAAUAUGAAAAAGAAGGUGUCAAUUGGAAAAAAAUAAAUUUUAUCGAUAAUCAAGAUAUCAUUGAUUUAUUAGCACGUGGUCGUAUGAGUAUUAUAUCAAUGAUUGAUGAAGAAAUGAUUGUACCACAAGGUAGUGAUUCAACAUUAUGUGCUAAACUUCAACAACAACAUGGAAAAAAUAAACAUUUUAUUACACAGUCAUCACGACAAGUACAGAAAUCACUUUUAUUUGGUGUUAAACAUUUUGCUGGACCUGUUCAAUAUGAUUGUCUUCAUUUUCUUGAAAAAAAUCGUGAUACAUUUAGUAAUGAUUUAAAACAUGUAUUAGCCAAAAGUAAUAAUCGUUUGAUUAAAACAAUAUUUCCACUUGAAGCUUUAAAUCUUGAUGAUAAAAAACGUAAACCAUCAUUAGCUGCACAAUUUCGUAAAUCUCUCGAAGUUCUUCUUACUGCUCUUCGACAAUGUGAACCAUUUUUUAUUCGUUGUAUUAAACCAAAUGAAUUUAAAGCAACUCAUAAUUUCGAUCGAGAACGUGUUGUACAACAACUUCGAUAUUCUGGUAUGAUGGAAACAAUAAAUAUUCGUCGUAUUGGUUAUCCUAUACGUCAUGAUUUUAAUGAAUUUGUUCAUCGUUAUGCAGCUAUUGCGCCAGCACUUGAACGUAUGCAUAAAAAAUCUGAAGCACGUGGUGAUCGUAGUGAUCAACGAACUAUAGCAGUGAAAAUUUGUGAAAUAGCAUUAGCUGGACAAGAUUAUCAAAUAGGAAAAACGAAAGUAUUUCUUAAAGAUGAACAUGAUGCAAUGUUAGAACAAGCAAGACAAAAAGUUCUUGCUGAUCGUAUAUUAGCAUUACAAAAAGCGGUUCGACGUCAUUAUGCUCAACGACAAUUUGAACGAGCUAAAAAACUAGCUAAAUGGUUACAACAAUCAUGGUUAUGUUAUGCUGAAAGACGUGCUUAUUGUGAAAUGCGUCUUGGUUUUCGACGUUUACAAGCGUUGUAUGGAACACAACAUAUUGGUGAAAAACAAAAACUUUAUCUUGAAACUUUACCUCGUAUUCAAACAUUAGGUAAAGGUUAUUUAGCUAGAAGAAAUGCUAAAUUUCGUCCAAAAGCAUAUGGUAUUCUUCAAGAAAAAGUUCUUCAAUAUUUGGCAUGGCGUGAUGUACGACGUGAACAAAUUAAGGCAAUGAAAUUAGAUGAAUUUGAAGCAUUUAAAAAUGAAGAAGAACGUUUAUUAACACCUGAAUUAGGACCAGAAAAAGCUCGUGAAGCAGCUCAAGCAGCAUACGAUGCACGUCUAGCUAAUUUAGAUGAAGAAAUACGUGAACAAUUACGUUCAGAUAUAGCAUUAGCUCGUGAUAAACGAGCUGGAAUAGCAAGACGUUAUGGACGUGAUGGUGAAGAUGGUGAAGAUGGUAUACAAGGGCCACAACGUCAAUUAAAACAAGAAGCUGAUCCAUUCAAAAGUGAUGUAUCACGUAAUUCAUUUGACAAAUUUGCUGCGAAAUAUUUUCAACAUGGUUAUGAUGCUAAACAUACAACAACUGAAAUUAUUCGUCCAUUACUUGAUCUUAAAUCAGGUGUUGAUCAAAAAGCAGCUAUCGCAACAUUUCAAAUGAUUAUGAGAUUUAUGGGUGAUAAAGAAGAUGUAACUCCACCACCACCAAAAACUGCAAAAAAUGAUAAAGAAGCACAACGUUUAGAAUCUCAAUAUGAUAUUCUUGUACCUGAACUUUAUCCAUUAAUUGCUCAACAACAUCAAUUGAAACUUGAAGAAGAAGAAGAUCCAUAUGAAAAGAAAAAAAAUAAAGGAAUUCGUUCGAAAGCAGUUGCACGUAUUCGAGCAUUUAGUAAAAAAUCAGUUUAUCUUGAAGAACGUUUAAAAAAUGAAAACCCAUUUAUCGAAGAUCGUUAUUUAACAUCAUUAGAAAAAGUUCAAAUGAUAACAAUGUUAGGUAUUAGUCGUCGUCGAUUAAGAGAUGAAAUUCUAUGUCAGAUUUGUAAACAAUUAAAUGAUCAUCCGUCACAACGUGAAAAGAAAAGUCGUAAUUCAGAUAAAACUGAACAACGUGAAAAAUCAUAUAUGCGUGGAUGGUUUCUGUUUUGUAUAUGUUUGUAUACAUUUCCACCGGGUUCAAAUCUCGUUCGAUUUCUUCGAAAUUUUAUUCAAAAUGGUCCACCCAAUGUUUCGGAAUUUGCAGAAUUUGCAUUGAAAAGAACAUAUAAGAAUGGAAGUCGAUAUGAACCAUUAAGUAUGGAAGAAAUAAGUGCAAUUCAACAAGCAUCACCCAUACAAAUCAAUGUAAAAAUCAUACAUAGCGAAGAACGACGAUCAGUUUGUUGUGAUCCCGCGACAAUAGCGGAAGAAGCUUGUUUAGAGUUAGCCAAACAAUUAAAUAUUACAUCAACAUUUGGUUGGGCAUUAUUUGUUGAAUGUAAAUCUGAAGGUUAUUCACUUGGUUUUAAUAAUGAUCAUUUAUUUGAUAUAUUAUCUCGAUUGGAAAUGGGACAAUUACAUAAAGGAGAUGAUCCUCGAAGUCUUGAUAUUACUUAUAUAUUUUGUAAACAAUUAUUUGCUCCAUGGGAAAAUUUAGAUGAUGAUCCGAUUUCAAUUGAUUUUAUCUAUGAACAAAUAAUAAAUGGUAUUCGUUCUAAUAUCUAUUCAUAUGAACCAGAUGUCGAUCCAGCUGAAUUUGUAUUACUUGCAGUUCAACAUUAUUAUGUCGUACAUGGAAAAGAUGUUGAACCUGAGAAAAUGAAAGAAAUCGUACAAGAACUUAUGCCAGCACCACAAAAUGUUGGUGAUGGAAAAGCAAAUAAUAAAAAAAUCAAACCAUUUUUGAAUGAAAAACAAAUUGAUGAAACCGUACAAAAUGCUAUUCAUAAAGAUGCGGAUUUUAAACGUGUUAUAAAACGACUUAAACAAAAAUUUAAAGGUCGUGAUCAAAUAAAACGUGAAAUUAAAAAAGAUGUUAUUGUUUAUGCACAAGGAAGAUGGCCAAUUAUAUUUUCACGUGUAUUCGAUAUUCAAAUGCUUUCAGGUCCAUUAAUAGAUGAAGUUGCUACGGCAUCAAUUGCUGUUGGACGUGAUAAAAUUCGUUUAUAUACUGACGAUUCUUUAAUUGUAUUAGGUGAAAUUAAUUAUUCGGAAAUAACAGAUAUUAUUUGUGAUCAUGAUCCAGUUUUAAAUUAUUAUCAUUAUACUUUACAAACUGUUUAUGGAGAUUAUACAUUUACAUUACCAAUGGGUGCUGAUCUUGGAAUUUUAGUUCUUCUUAUUCAUAAAAAUUUGAAAGAUCGAUCAAAAUUAGCUAUUGCUCAAAAAGAUUACAAGCCUACGAAACGAGGUGCUGGUAAAUUAGAAUUACUUCGUGGUGAUAUUAUUAUACUUGAUGAUGAAAGUAAGAAGAAUGUGGAAUCAGGUAUAAUGACAGGUAUCAAUGAUCGAACUAAUCGUGAAGGUGAAUUUCCAGCUGAUGUUGUUUAUAUUAUUCCAUGUACAAGUAAACCGGAAUCAAAAGUUUUACGUGGUCUUGUUCUACAUGUUAUGAAACGUGCAGUUAACUUAAAUCAAGAAAUUGAACCACAAUUACAUGUUAAUCUACAUACAUUACAAGCUUAUGCUGAGAAAUACUUUCGUUCAAAGAAAACUACAGCAUGGCAUUAUGAAGCAACUGACAUUAAAGGACCAUUAUUACAUCGUUUUGAUGGACAAACUGAACUUUCACAUAAAGCUGUACAAAUGUUUCGUGCUAUAAUGGUUUAUGCAAAAAUGUCACCACAAGAUAGAAAAAAAAUUCAACAAAGUCAUUUAGAUAGUAUAUUUGAUUAUGCAUUUGAAAAGAAUAAAGCAUUAAAAGAAGAAUUAUAUUGUCAAUUGAUAAAACAAUUAACAUUUUGUCAAGAUACAAAAAUUGAAACACGUAUUUGGGAAUUAUUGUGGUUAUUAACGGGUGUUCUUGUACCAGGAAAAGUUCUUUAUUAUCAUGUUGCACUUUUUCUUCGUUCAAGUUCAAAUCCAACAGCAUUAGAAUGUUAUAAUCGUAUUCAAAAAAUUCAAAAACAAGGUGAACGUGUUCGUGGUCCACAUAUAAUUGAAUGUAAUGCAAAUAUAAAUCGUGUUAAAAUUCGUCAAUAUGUUCAUUUUCCAAAUGGACAUGAACAAGAUUUUGUUGUGGAAUCAACUACAAAAGCCAGUGAAUUAGUAACAAAUAUUUGUCGUGAACUUAAAUUCUUACUUAAUUCUGCUAGUGGACUUUCACUGUACUUAGAAACAGGCAAAAAACAAACUAGUAUGCCAAAUAAUACUUAUUUCUUUGAUUUUCUAACACAACUUCGUGGUCAUGAUAAAAAAAAACUUGAUUAUAAAAUACAUUUUCGUCGAAAACUUUGGAUUGAUAUUAUACCGGGUGAAGAUAAACAAGCUGAUUCAUUAAUUCAUUUCUAUCAAGAAAGAGAUAAUUAUAUGUUAGGUCUUCAUAAAUCAGAGGUUGACGAAGCUGCUAAUUUAGCUGCUCUAUUAGGCAAAGCUGAUCGUGGCAAAGGAGCACCGGAAGCAAAUCUGGCAAAUUUUGUUCCAGGAUAUUUAAUUAAAUCUGCAUCAACAUCUGAAUGGUCUAAGAAAAUCUAUACGGCAUCUGGUAAUAUUCGAGAUGUGAAUGAUGAAGAAGCAAAAGUUCGAUUCUUAAAACAUGUUGCUGCUUGGCCAACUUAUGGUACAACAAUGUAUCCAAUUAAAAAUGAAACAGAAGGCGAAUUUCCUGAAGAUAUCUAUAUUUGUGUUAAUCAAAAUGGGUUAAAUAUUUUAGAUGCAAAUACUAAAGAAUUUGUUGCAACAUAUCCAUAUUAUAAUUUAAAUUAUAAUUCUAAUGCUAUUUCAUUAUUUCUCGAAGUACGUUUAGGACGUUCAUCGAAGAAAUAUACAUUUGAUACUGAAAUUGGAGAUAAAUUUGUUGCAACAUAUCCAUAUUAUAAUCUAAAUUAUAAUUCAAAUGCUAUCUCCUUAUUUCUCGAAGUACGUUUAGGACGUUCAUCAAAGAAAUAUACAUUUGAUACUGGAAUUGGAGAUGUUAUUGGUGAUUAUAUGAAAAUAGCCGAAAACGAAGGAAAACAAGAUGAUUAA